CGCUUCCAGUUCCGGUUAAAAGAGUUCGUUGAGCAGAGUGCUAUUGACAGCACGAUCUGUUUGUUUUUAUUUUUAGAACGUUGAGCUUUUUAAAUAAGGUUACAGCACUUUAUUUGCUUUAGAAAACCAGAAUACAAUAUCACAUGUUGUAGUUCUGAAAUUGUCGGCACAUCUCGAACUCUUGCGGAUUCUGGCUCACCGCUAACCUUGACGUCACUUUAUGGAUCAGCGUUGGCUGUGAUGAAAUGGCGGGGCUCUGCAAGGCAAUUCAAAGGCACUCAUUCGGGUUCAAGAAGGUAUUGGGACUGCAAGAAUGUUGGAACUCCAUUAUCCGUUUGAAAUUUACCAAAGCAAGGAUUCCACCUUCGUUAUAUGAGGAGCAGGCAAAAAAUCAUGAAAAGUAUGGAGGAGAUCCAGAACAUCCCCAUAAAUUGCAUCUCAUCACCAGAAUCCGAAGUGGACUGGGCCGUCCUUAUUGGGAAAAAAAGACUUUAAAGGAUUUGGGACUAAUUAAGGCACAUCAUCCAUAUGUUCACAAAAAUAUUCCUGCUGUCAACGAAAAGUUAAAAGUUAUAAAGCAUCUUGUUAGAAUUCAGCCUCUGAAAUUGCCACAAGGACUUCCAACAGAGGAAGAGCUGACCCAGACGUACUUGAAGAGCACCGGUGAAUUAGUUAUUGGACAACGGCCUCCAAAAACUGCACAUAAAAAGACAAUUGCAUCUUAGUUUGUGUAUUAUCUUCUCUAUUUAAAAGUAAACAGUAAUGAUAACAUUUUGCAAUAAAAUUUAUUUUCCAGUUGGA